CAAACAAUAUUAGAAGACUAAAAUAUCAAACUUGACUCAGAUAUGGUAGAAGCCUGAAUCUGCUUCUCCUUUCUCUCCUAGAAAAGCAUGGAGUGGAGAUUGCUUAAUGCUGCAGCUGCAGGGGACAUUCGUCUCCUUGAUCUUACCACAUUUCACCAAUCAGAAUUCGACAAGAGAACACCACAUAACAACAACGUUCUUCAUAUUGCAGCUAAGCAUCAGAGGUUGGAUUUCGCCACAGCCAUACUUAAUCUCUGCCCAUCACUCCUCCUUGGAGAAAACAACAAUGGAGACACACCUCUACACGUUGCAGCUAGUGUCGGUUCCUUUGAAGUUUCGAAACUUCUUGUCAACUCAGCCAAUCAAGUAACUUCAGAUGUCGAAAACCGGGGAUUAACUGACACAAGGAUGCAGCUAUUGAGGAGUACUAACAAGCAAAACGAUACAGCCUUACAUGUAGCAUUCAAGAAUAGACAUGUUGAUGUAGCUAAGUUCUUUGUUGAAGAAGACACACGAUUGUUAAUGCUAGAUAUGGUCAAUAGCAACAUAGUAUCUCCUUUGUACUUAGCUAUUGAAAGAGGGCUUUUCAACAUUGCUGAUAUUAUUUUGGAAAUAUCUCCUUUGGUUUCCUGUAAAGGGCGUAAAGGUCUGAAUGCUCUGCACGCCGCUGUGGAUUCUGACAUUGUCAGCACCGGUUUCUUGAGAAAAUUGAUGGAGAAAAGGCCAGAAAUGAUCAAACAAGUUGAUGUUAUUGGAUGGACACCUCUUCAUUAUUCGGAAUGGCUAGGGAAAACCGAGAUAACUAGACUCUUGCUUCGACACGAUAGCUCGGCUGCUUAUAUAUCUGAUAAGGAAGGACAAUGUCCGCUUCAUCUUGCGGCGUCUACUGGCCAACUUGGUGCAUAUAGAGAGCUUGUUUGUAGCUGUCCUUAUGUUUGGGAACUAGUUGAUGGUAAAGGCAGAACAUCUCUUCACUCUGCAGUCAUAUCAGGACAAAGAGGCAUCAUUCACUGUAUUCUAGAGAUGCCUGAGAUUUCUCUUUAUCUGUUGAACGCAAGCGAUGCAGAAGGAAACACACCUCUCCAUCUAUCGGUUAGUCACAAAUGUUACUCGAUAUUGCUGCUUAUUUUACGCAACAAGCGGGUGGAUAAACAUGUUAUGAACCAUAAUCACUUCACAGCUGCAGAACUCUUUUACACUCAGAAGCAAGAGGUGUACCGUCAGGUUUGUAACCGCCAGGUAACUGGAAUGCUGCAGCAAAAGCUACAGUUGCAACAAGAACCGCGACUAGAAGAUGAACCUCGUACAUUGCACCAUCAUUUCUUGCAUUGCUUGAUUCAAGAUCUGCCUUUUCUUGCUUCUUCUUUGUCUCUAAGUUAUGUUUAUGAGACGGAAGAAAGGAUAGUGAAAGCUGAAGAGUGGGAUUCGUUUAAGGAAUUUCUUCGUAAGCCAUUACCUGCUGCUUUCAGAGUUACUUCCAAGUAUAUUCGAUUGAAAUUGGAGAAUGAUUUCAUGAAAUAUCUUCAGGCUGAGGCUAUAGAGAGUGGUGCAUUAGAGGCUAUCAAGCCUUUGCCUUGGUUUCAUGAGUUUCUUAAGUUAGAAACUGAAGUUGGGAACAUGACCAGGCAAGAAUCAGUUAGCAUGAUCAUUUUGUUCUCAACAGUGAGUGAUUUUUAUUCGACAUUGUUUGAGAUGGCUGUGGACUUGAGGACUAAUGCCAAGAAACACCUCCAGUUCCUCGGAGCUGUUGAUCGCAACCGUUGUCUCUACAAUGGCCCUGCACUCCAAAGAGUCAUCUACAGAUACAAUGCUUACUGGCUUCCCUUGCUUGCUCAAUACACCGAGUCUUCUUUGAUGUAUGCGUUUGGCAUUGCCACAGGCUUAAUCCGGUACAAGACUGACUGUGAGCAAUUCUAUGGGAGAGUUCUCGACAAUUCUGGCGUUGUAUCUUCCGCAAUCUCAGAGCCAGCAAAUAUCUCAGCUCUGCAGAAAUUAACCACUUAUGAUCUUGUUUCAGCUGUCAAGAGACAAAGCCCAUUUUACUACCAGUCGGUUCAAGAUGACCAAGAGGAGCAAGUCUCGACAAGUGUCGUUUUCAAGGAGGCGGGCACGAAAGAUCCUGUCACGAUGUCGAUGAUGAUCAGCAUAUUCUUGCAGUUCUUUGAUAUAGGAGUAGAUGCGGCAUUGCUCUCACAAAAUAUUUCCCUGUUGUUUAUUGGGAUGUUGAUCGUGAUAUCAGUGAGGGGAUUCUUGACAAAUCUGAUGAAGCCAAGAGACAACAUCAAGUUCGUCGGAGCUGUUGAUCGGAACAGUUGUCUCUACGAUGGCCCUGCAAUCGAAAGAGCCAUCUACAGGUCUAAGAUAGAGAUUUUGUUUCAACAGAUAGAAGAAUGCUUACUGGCUUCCCUUGAUGCUCAAUACACCGAGUCUUCUUCCAUCUGUGAAGGACCAUUAGUCCCUCCUCUUGACUGUGAUUGCCACAAGCUUAAUCCGAUGAGGUAUAAGACUGAUUGUGAGCAAUUCUAUGGGACAAUUCACAAACUGAAACUCUAUGGAAAAGAUUGUAUCCUAUGGAGCCUUAUGACCUUGACUUUGCUCAAUAUGACCUUUAUUUUCAUGUCUCAGCUCUUGAUAAAUGCACCACUUAUGAUCAUGGUAGCUUCUUCUCCCAAACCACUUUGUUGCCAGCUUCAUGCUCACUCUUACUGCAAUGAUUUCACUAAGAUGAUUGGUAAGGUCUUGGAGCAUGAUGAUACAGACUCUGACCGUAGUAAAGCGGAAACUGGCUCACACGUCCAAACUGCUAUGCAGCUUAUUCAGAACUUCAUGGCUGAAGCUGGAGCGCCAGCACCAGCACAACCUCAAACUGUAGCACCAGAGCAGCAAGGCUAUAACCCAUACGCAACACACGGCUCUGUCUACGCAGCGGCUCCAACAAACCCGCCUGGAGGAUACGCUACGGACUACAGCUCAGGCUACGGUUACUGAUCAAAGCUUUUAAGUCUCUUUAGAAUGUUUUACUAGUAGUUGCAAGCAAGAGUGAAAACGCUAGAUGCCUAAUCGAGUAUAUGUUGUUAUUAGCGAGCACCCUGUGUACUGAGAAUCAAUUAUUAUAUCAGUUGUUUUGAGACUUCUUCAUUUGUGUACUGUUCAAAACGUUAGUCUAUCAUCUUGAUUUCAUUUUCAUAUGAUGUUAGAGGGGUAGUAAAAUUAAGAGAGCAGA